AUGCAGGGACGCGGAUGCAACGGCGGCAGAGGAUCUUGGAGUGCCGAAUCGGAGCUGGGUGGAUUGUUAGGGUCGGGUCGAUUUUCUUCGCAUGGGAAAACCCCGCCGCCGGUGCGCCGCGGGGUCCCUAUCAGUGAGCUCAUUGCGACUCGGGUCCGCGAGAGCGAGAGCAGGGGGGCUGAAGCUGGUCUGGACUCUGGUGUUGGCGACCAAUUUUAG